AUGAGCUCCAACGCAGUCACAAAUGGGGAUACUACCACUGCCGGACAUGGGAACGAACAUGUAGGUACAGCUGCAAAGUCACAGCAGAGGCCAGUUUCAGAUUCUCACCUGCCUCCUCCGAACCAUAAGGGGCCGGCAGGUGGCUACGAUGUCACUCCCUUGCCCGCCGCGCCGCCAGGUUGGACGCUCAAGUUCACCUUCCACCGCGCAGAGAACCUGCCCAUAGGGGACCUCAGCUCCAUGUCCUCCGACCCUUACAUCAAGGCUAUCCUCGAGACCGACCUACCCACUCGACAUCCAAAGCAGGAUCCCAUCUUUACCUUUCGCACUCCUACCAUCAAGCGGGACAUCAACCCGGAGUGGAACUGCGAGUGGAUAGUCGCCAACGUCCCCUCGUCGGGGUUCCAGCUCAAAUGCCGUAUUUACGAUGAAGAUAUAGCUGACAGCGAUGACAGGCUGGGCAGCGCCUACGUCGAUGUCAGGGAGGUCUCUGACACAUGGCCAGGGAUCAAGGAGCAAGGGUUCAAGAUCAAGAAGCGCAUGGGCAGCCAUCGUGCUUACUUGCUCAGGUCAAUUGCUUCGACAUUCUCCAAGAAUUUCGACAACGAGGGUCUGCUAUUCAUGAGCAUUGAGUGUCUGGGUAGGACCCCUGGCCAGGAGGGAGCUCAUAUGUACACUGUCGGACCGAAUUACUGGACCAAGCAUUUCUCCCCGCUGAUCGGCAGACUGGCAGGCACCAAAGACAAGAUCAAGAGCAAGGAUGGCAAGGCCCCGGUCGAGCGAUACAAUUUUCAAGCGGUACAGAUACAGCUGUCCGGCCCAGUGCCGACGCCGCUGUAUCACCGAUACGUCGAGUUCCGCCCCUUUGUGGCUGGUAUGUUCACAGCAAAGAGCCUCAGGGGCCGUCUGCUCAACCAUGCCCUGCACCACCAGCACGAACGCAUCUACACCUACGACCACAACACUGUGUACGGUCUCUUCCCCCAGCCAUCCCUGGAUCUCACCAAGCUCUUCCUCGAGUUCGUCCAGUACGGCCAGGAUGGGCGCAUCUUCACCUAUGUCAUCACCCUCGACGGCCAAUGGCGCUUCACCGAGACAGGCAAGGAGUUCGGCAUUGAUCUGCUCAGCAAGCAUACCAUGCACAGCAAUGUGUCCAUCUACAUCGCCUACUCUGGUGAAUUCUUCGUCCGUCAAGUCUCAGAUGACCAGUCACCUACUGCCCAUCACCACCACCACCACCAUCACCAUGCUGAACAAGAUGGAGAAGAAUCAGACUCCAAACGCCAGCCGCCCACCGAUCCAGCCCAUUACGAACUAAUAAUCGACAAUGAUAGCGGCACUUACCGACCAAAUGGCAAACUACUACCUCUCCUAAAGGAGUUUUUGACCCCCAACCUUCCCGGGCUAAAGAUAUCCACUCUCGAUUCCCAGCGUGAUGCAACCCAUAUGGCUAAACUCAAGGGCAAGCAGCGCGAGAUGAAGAAUAAAUCAGGCCAUAAAAUGAUGUAUAUGCAGAAGAGCUCCUCUUCCCUUUCGCUCUCCUCCAUUUCAAGCUCUGAUGAGGAAGAGUUGAAUGAAAGAGAAAACGGGGUGGAGACUAAUGGUAGGCCGUCCAAGGGUAAAGGGUUCAUGGGCGGUCUUAAGAAUCCUAAGUGGAGGUAUAAACGUUGGUUGGAGACGGAUCAUUACGAAGAUGCUGCUGGUAAAAAUAUCAACGAGAGGCCAUCAACCGCUCAUAAUUGA